AUGUUGCUCGUCCCGCUCAAGGUCUACUGUCGGAAACGGCACGGGGGAUGGCGCAAUGUUCAGAUGGAUGACUACAUGUCCAUGGUGGCACUGGUUAUGGCUAACGGUUUCUUCUAUCAACAUGAGUCGCAGGCUAACACCAAGUGCUUACUAGGCAUGCGAGAGUCACUAGGACUACACAUGAAUGAAAUCACGAACCCGCUGCAAGCCAUCGCUUUCCUACGGAACAUCUACAUCGGCCAAAUACUCUAUACGUUGUGCAUCACGACUAUCAAGCUAUCUGUUCUAGCCUUCUACUGGCGGCUAUUCGAGAUCAAAUCCCGAAUGAUCAUCUACGCCGUCACUGCCGCAUCGAUCGCAUGGUGUAUCGCUAUUCUACUCUGCGUCAUCUUCAACUGUCUCCCCGUACAGGCCGCCUGGGACAUAACCAUCACAAAUGGGAAAUGCAUCGAAACCCGCGACAUCUACCUUGGCGGCUCGGUGCCCAACGUGAUCCUCGACUUCAUUAUCGUCGGCAUGCCCAUCCCGCACGUCUGGCGCCUGCACGCACCAAUCGCCCAACGUAUCGUGCUAGCCGGCAUGUUCGCCCUUGGCACCUUCAUCGCCAUUGUCUCGCUCGUACGCUUGAUCAUCUUCCUGCAAAUCCCCAUCUCAGGCCAAGUCGACCCCACCUACAACUUCCGCGAAAUCAUCGUGUGGUCUAUUGUCGAAGUCAACAUUGGUCUCACUUGUGCGUGUUUGCCUAGCUUAAAGCCUGCUUUCCGAUGGAUCGGCCUUGAUAGACUCUUUUCCUUUGCUUCUUCCCGGCCCUCGGAUAUGCGGUCUCCUGGACCGAGCUCGCACGGUGCUAUGGAUGAUUAUGGGUCGAACCCGAAGAAUUCUGGAAGGCCGAGGAAGAAGGGUGCUACUGGAGGGCUGUUCUCGACACUGGCGGGUAUGAGUCGGCUGGAGGAUGAGGAGGAGUUCAAGUUUGUUGGGGACGAUAGGCAAGGGAAGCACAAUGUAGAGAUUGAGAUGGGGAGAAUCAGCAAUAGCGGCAUGGGUGAAACCUUUGUCAACAACUACAUGAUGCUCACCCUCCGCAAUCCCGACAGUGAUGCUGGUACAUUGGAGACCGUUCUCACAGUCUUGUUACCACAAGAGCGUGCUGACAUUAUUUCGAAGCUGAAAAAAUUGCCAGCACCUAGCAAACGUCUUUCUUCUGCUCCUAAGCCAUCUAAAAUUAUAGAUAAGGAUACCACACCCCUAGCAACGCAUGUCGUAGCAAAGGUUGACGACGGCGAGAACGAUGCACAUGAGGAUCAGCCUGCCACGCGAAAACGGCGCAAGAUUAGCGACAAUGCCGUGCACAAGUGCGAGGUCAUGAAAAUUGGUCCCAGGGAUGGCAGCGUUCACCUUGCGCAGCCGCCGCCCCCGCCGCCACAAACACCACGGAUUACUCAAACUCUUGCCGAUGAAGUAAAGCAUCAUACUCCAAUAACACCAGAACCAUCCAGGCCUUCAUCUCAAGCCACCAAAACCACAGACUCCUCCAACGUCAUACCUCUCAACUUCAGCGACGAACAAGCUGAGCGCGUGUGCUUCAUCUGGCCAGUCAUUGACGACGACAUCGAAAUCGAGUUUGUCCAUACGUUGGGCGAGUGCAAAUCUUUCAGAGGUUUGCUUCGUCUCUUAGAGGAAGAUAGCGAGGCCAUUCGGUCUGCUGCUAGCAUAUUGGGAAGAACGAACAUGUGGCGUCUGACAUACCGUCUUGGCGAUGGUGCUAACAAAGCGGUCAUUGCCCGCAAAGGCAAUGAAGCUGCAUUCGAUCGUCUGCAAACCACACUUGCUCGAGCUUCUAUCUGGAAAGAUAACCCUCGGGCCCAAAUCAUUAUCGAACUCAGUUCUUUGAGCAAACCGGCCCCUGUAUGA